AUGGGAAGAGGCUUCAUGCAGGCAUGUGUUCUCAUCCUUGCCAUUUUGUGUUUAUGCCAAAGAGAAGUGCACGGAAUGAUCACGAGGCCAAGCAAAGGAAGGCAUGGCAUGCGCAGGGAGAGCACCCCGGUCAAAACCAUCCAGAGCGGAGAUGGGGAUGUGAUCGACUGCAUCUGCAUCUAUGAACAACCAUCUCUCUUCCAUCCUUCGCUUAUGAACCACGAGAUCCAGAUGAGACCAAUGACCUUGCCAGAAAGGGAGAUGGAGGAAGGAAGUCGACCCAGAAGGCAGUUCAAACAGGCAUGGCACAAGAAAGGGAGAUGUCCCAAGGGGACGAUACCCAUUGUUAGAAGUCGAGUGCUUGAUGAAAGAAGAACAAUUGAGCGUCUCUUUGUCAGUUCAAAUGAUCAAAUAACAUUUAGUUCUUCUGGUCCCGUUCAUGAGUUUGCUGCGGUGGAGGGAAAAUUUGAUGAAGAUUAUGGGGUAUUUGGUGCAAGCGCAGACAUCAGCGUCUGGAAUCCAAUGGUUCUUCCUGGAGAGUUCAGCUGCAAUAUGGUUUCUGUUGCAAGUGGAGACGGCGGCCAAAUCCAUGAAUAUAUUGCAGCAGGAUGGAUUGUUUACGACAGCUUAUAUGGUGAUUUCGAAACAAGACUUUUUACUUAUUGGAGUGAUUUUAGAGACGAUUGGUGGCUCCAAGUUAACGGUGAGCUAGUCGGCUACUGGCCCAGUUCCUUGUUUGGCUACUUGAAUUUUUGGGCCAAUACAACUCUCUACGGAGGACAGAUCUACAACACUGUGCCUGGAGGCUAUCACACCCUUACUCAGAUGGGCAGCGGCCGCUUCGCCGACGAGGGCUACGGCCGGUCCUGCUUGAUCAGCCACAUUCAGUACGUCAAUGGCGAUCGCAAGUUCAAGAGGCUUCCGGAUGCCGCCAUUGUAGAAGACAGGCCUGAGUGCUACAGUUUAGUUUACAUUGGUGAAGACUUCAUGAACAAAUAUGGCCAGUUCUUGUACAGCGGGGGACCUGGCCUCAGCUUAGACUGCAUGUAA